UGACGUCAUCAGUGUUGGCGGUAUUUUGAAAAAUAAGCAGUCUGAAGUUGUUGUUACCCGCGUCGUUGAGAAAAAACUGUGUAUUUCGCAAAUGAUGGCAGAGUUAAAGCCAGUAGAGCUGUCAGAGGAAGCUCGAAACGAGCUGAUGGACCAGUGUGAAGAUCAGUUUGUUCAGCUUAAAAAGCUUCAGAAUGAGAUCAUACUUUGUGAACCAGAUUCCUGUGAGAGUCCACAGGAGCAGUCAGUGAAUCAGCUGAUGGCAACAGAAGCUGAGCUGAAGCAGUGGAUGACAGUGGAACCAAAAUUACUGGCACGGAAUUCUGAAGUUCUACUUCAAGCUGGAAAAGAUGAGAUGCUCAAGCUGUGCUCUGAACUUGAAAUGAUUGUUUCCUGCUAUGAAGCAAAGCGAGACAAACUGAGAGAAACUAAAGAACUGGAACUGAAAUGGCUGGAGGAGAAGAAACAUAUGCUGAUAGCUGCCAGUGAUCAUGUUGAAAAGCUUAAGAAUGAGAAGGAGAAAUUAUCAGAGCUCAGUGUAUGGCAUGACACCAAGGCCAAAAUUCAGAAGAUGAAGGUGUAUGAGGAACGGUUGAUGGAGUCUCUGGGCGAAGUUCUAGAGAAACAUGCCCCUUUGCCUCAGAAUGAAUCCAGUGCAAACAAAAAGAAGAAGAACAUAACCUCAGAGCUACAUGAAGACUGGAUUUCACUUAACGAAAUUCUUGAGCUACUUAUGAACAAAGUUCUGACAACCCCACAUGACCCCUAUGUGACGAUAGAUGGCACAUUCUGGCCUCCAUAUGUAGAGAUGCUGCUCCGCUAUGGUAUUGCAGUGAGGCACCAAGAAAACAACUUCAAGAUACGCCUGGAAACCUUUUGGUGAGGCAGUGGUGAAUCUGGCCUUCAAGCACCACCUUUCUAAAGUUGUUCCUUUUCAAUGUGUGCUUGUAUGGUGAUAUCAGGGUGUAUACUUCUGUAAAUUAGUGCGUAGAACAAUAACUAGAAAAGACAUGAUGCUAUGAUUAGCUGUAUGUAUGUAAAUUGACAUGUUUCACAACUGUGUGCUUUAUAAAAAGGUUUUUAAAAAGUGCCCAUUUAAGCUUGGUCUGGGUAUAAACUGUUUUGUAUGAAAUAAAAAAGCAAAGGGGUCUUAAAACAUUUGAGAGCAUGUAUUCAUAUAUUGAAUGAAGUCAUAUUUGGAUAAAGUGUUGUCACUUUCAUUUAAACUGAUUGAACUCUGAUGUCUUGUAGGUCUUCUCUUAGAUGCUGUCUUUGGAUCAACUUUUUCUGUUUUUCAAAGGCAAGGUUUUGUUAUCUAAAAGUGAUGCACAUUAUUAUCUUAUUUAAAAUGUUCAUCUGUACUUUUCAUGUAAUGUUUGUCACAAAUAUAGUAAAGAUGAUUUUGCCUUGACAUACCAGUGGUUCCCAGUUUGGGGCACAGGA